AUGGCCGUGACCUUAUGCAUGCACAUGCGUGCUGCUGCUACUGCAUGCUGCUUGAUGCUCUUCUGCCCGUGCGUCGCCUUCGGGAGGACCACCAGGAUUGUCGACAAGGGAGCCACGUGUAUCAUGGCAAUAGGCUCCAUUUACAAUGCCUAUUAUCGUGACAAUAAAGUCACUAUUGCAACAAUAUUAGUUUAUGGAUGGCACGUGAACAUGGAGAGGAUGGGUAAAGGCGCUGCAACUACCUCGCCCCAAAUGUAUCCAGGGAUGACACGGUAG